AUGUCUAGCAUAUUCAAACCUCGCCCAGCUCGGCGGGUGGCAACGGAGACGCAGGAUGUCUGGUCGAUGAUCAACGAGGCUGCAGCUAAGUCUUCCGUUCAACCCAUAGUCAACAUGGGACAGGGAUUCUUCGGAUACAAUCCUCCAGAGUUCAUCAUCGAUGCGGCCAGAGAUGCGCUCCUGCGAGUAGACUGCAACCAGUAUGCUCCGACUAAAGGCAAGCCUAGCUUGAAAAGGGCCAUCGCAGAAAACUACUCAAAACGUCUGGGGAGGCAAAUCGAUGCCGAAACAGAAGUAACAAUCACUACGGGCGCCAACGAGGGUAUCCUGAGCGCUUUGAUGGCCUUUGUCGAGCAAGGCGAUGAGGUCAUUGUCUUUGAGCCUUUUUUUGAUCAAUACAUCAGCAAUGUUGAGAUGGCUGGCGGAGUUGUACGUUAUGUCCCUCUGCAUCCUCCAGUCCAGGGUAGUUCGGAAACAACCUCUUCCGGUGACUGGCAACUCGACAUAGAGAGCCUCAGAGCGACCAUCAAUGGACGGACCAGGAUGAUCAUUAUCAACACACCUCACAAUCCCGUCGGCAAGGUAUUUACCCAGCGCGAGCUUCAAUCGAUCACACAACUGGCCAUUCGCCACAAUAUAUUGAUAUUGAGUGAUGAGGUCUACGACAGCUCAUAUUACGCACCAAUGACACGCACAGCUGGUUUAUCCCCCGAAGUCUACAAUCUCACUCUCACCGUCUGUAGUGCAGGCAAGACCUUCUACGCAACCGGCUGGCGAGUUGGCUUCCUCAUCGGCCCUCCUCAUCUGAUCAAAUACGUCGCCGCGGCCCAUACACGCAUCUGCUACACCUCGCCAAGUCCACUGCAAGAGGCGUGCGCCGUGGGGUUCAACGACGCCGAAAAGCACGACUUCUGGAACAAGUCUCGACAGAGCAUGUUGGGCAAGAUCGACCGAUUCUGCCAAGUCUGCGACGAGCUCGGACUGCCAUACUCAAAGCCAGAAGGAGGAUAUUUUGUCAUGGUCAACUUUGCAAAAGUAAACCUGCCCGAGGGCUAUCCUUACGCCGAGAAUAUAAGAACCCGACCUCGAGAUUUCAAGCUGGCUUAUUUCCUCAUCAUGGAGCUCGGAUUGGCUGCCAUCCCACCGAGUGAGUUCUAUACGCCGCAAAACCAGCAAAGCGUGGAGAACUGGUUGCGAUUCGCGAUAUGCAAAGAGGAUGGUGUGUUGGAGGAUGCGAAGGAUCGACUGAGAAAGGUGAAGAAGUGGAUGCAGUGA